AUGGACUCGGAAGACGGUAUGGCAACGAAGGCCAUGUCUCAGGAUCGCCGGGAUGUCAUCGGUAGUCGAGUGGCGAGUGCCAGCCAUUGCCUGACAGCCGUCUUCAAUAUAAGUCGGACACGCCUCUCCAUCUUCACGAACUCGACGAUUCCCACUUCGCCUGGUAUGCAGUCUUUCGGCGUCACUCGCACGCCUCGUCGACCUUCGAGGCUCGGUCAGAUUUCGUACACGCCGGACACCGAUGAUACUGACGAGGAAGGCAUGGAGACGGCAGCGUUGAACGCGCUGACUGAGACACCAAAAAGGCCCGGAUCGAGAUGGGAACACGAGGUGUCCACGAGGCCUGACCCCGACAAGCGUAUGACGCCCCGUAGCUUCAGUGCCAAGCUGCUGUUUCACGGGGAUGGCCUCAAAUCCCCAGAGCAUCGCCUGCUCCGUAAGCUCAAGAAAGAGGCCCAUUCACCCACUCUCAACAUCGAACUCGCCGUGCGCGCUUUAUCUCCCGUCAACUUGAAGGUGGCCCCAAAAUCUCCCGUGAGGUCGUCCAGGUUCACGCCCUACGCGUCGUCCCCCCUCCGGUCGCACGUCCGGAGCGCAUCUUCGUCUCCGCCUCCAGAGGUGCCCUCGGACCCAUUCCUCGACUACGGCCACGAAUCUACCCUCGAAUCUGCCCGUUGUAAGCCCUCAAGCGUAGGCCCGGUUCGGCACAAAAAGUUCACAAAAUCCGGUGCUGCCAUCGGACCUCGUUCCAGCACUAUUAACAGAAUGGCCUGCUCCCCAAAACACAAGGAUUUAAGGAUACGACUCCCACAGGAUGGGCCGUCCCCGCUCCCGUAUCUGACGUCCCAUUGUCAUGCCCUUCCCACUGGCCCCGGUAUCCCGUCUAGAUCUGCUGUCAAGGGCACCUAUCGCCCGAAUUCAACUUGCUCGGAUGCUCUUGGUAUGGACGCCCCCGUGAUUUCCAAGGUUGCCGUUACUGCUACAGCUGCUGCUACGGUUGCCACAUCCUCUGUAGGCUCUCGCAUGACACCAAAAGCUUUCCGCCGUAUCCAUUCUCUUGUCAGUUCGAAGGACCAGGGAUCGUUGUCGUCCGUGAUCCCGCCCUCUAUACUAGACUCGGAUGAGGCGGCACCCAUGGCCAAGGCGUGUGUGUCUCGUAUCCAUAGUAGGCCGCCGUUGGCCCAGAACAGUGGUCGAAUUACCGCGUGCGAGUCCGAGGGCCACGAUGGCGGAAAAAUCAAGAGGACUAGGAUUCGAGCUUCGAACACGAAUCCGUACAAGAGGACCGCGACCACGGCUGGUACUUCAAGCUCUAAGAAGGCGCCUGCAGAGGUGGAGACCCUUCGUGGAGCUCUUGGCUCUAUGAAGCUCUCGAACUAG